CUGAUUUUCUUGAGCGCGUCUUCUUAUCCAAUCCAACAGAAGGGCUCUGAGGUUACUGACAGAUUCCAAAAUGGAUUCGAACAAUUGGCGCGUCAAACGCGAGCCGUCGGAUAGUCCUGCGCCAAUGAGAGCUAGAGAGCAAGAUUCCAAGCAUCAAAACCAACACCAAGGUACAAGAUGGGGUAGUGAUCGUUUCGACCAACGAGGUGAUCGUUAUCAGAACAGUUUCUCCAAGCAAGACGGUCAGCGCGAUGGGCUUCGAAAACCUGUCAAUGACGCCAAGGCAGAAAAGGCUGUCGAAGAAGGUCGAAGAGUCUAUGUCGGAAACCUUCCAUACGAGGCUACUACGAAAGAUAUUGGGACGUUGUUCCAGCAUGUUGUGGAUGGAAUUGAAGCGAUCAACAUUUCUGUGGAUCCCAUGACAGGCCGCAAUCCUUCCUACUGUUUCGUCGAUUUCACGCAUAGCGAUCUCGCUCGUGAAGUCAUGCAAGAGUACGAUGGGUAUAUAUUCUUAGGUCGUCCUCUGAAAGUCAAGCCAGGUGUCAAAUCCGGAACAGGUACUGGUCGUUUCGACGUUCGACCUCGCUAUCAACCUGAGAGUAAUCAAGACAGAAAUGACGCGUUUUCCUUCGAUCGUUGGCGCCGUCUCGAGCAUCCAGAAGACAUAGACAAGGCUGGCCAAGAAGGUCGACGUGUUCAUGUCGCAGGUUUGCCAAGAUUCGACGGUCAAGCUGAUGCAAAUGCUCAACUGCGGGAGUUGUUCAAUGGCUUCGAUGUAAAGGUCAUUAGCAAGAUGAUUUCCACCCCAGAGGAGAGGAGGAUGCACCCAGUCUACCACAAUUAUUGCUUCAUCGACCUAUCUUCUUCAGAAGAAGCUCAGCGAGCAGUCCAAGAGCUCAACGGAAAGGAGCCAUGGGGCUGGCUUAUCAAAGUCUCUCUGGCGGGUGGCUCAUCACGAAAGCUUGGCGAACGACGGAGAUUGUUUGUCAGCGGUCUACCCGAGUUCCCAAGUCAAGAAGCAACUGAAGAGGGUAUCCGAGAGCUAUUCCAAGGCUUUGAAGUCUCUGUGGUCAGCAAGUUGAAUCUUCCUCGUGAUCUUAGUGAGGGUACAAAUGGUCAUUGCUUCUGCUUUGUUGAGAUUGCAACUGCGGAAGAUGCUGAUAAGGCAAUGGCAAACCUUGAUUGGAAGGAGAUGUGGGGUGGGAAUGUACGGGUCAAGCCUGCAACCUCAAAUCGGCGAUAAGGUGUGUGGUAGGGAAUGGUGGAUGGAGAGGAGUACGAGUGUGAACGAGCCUCAAUGAGUCCCAAUGAGCGAAGCCUACAAAGCCUUUGAGGGACUCCAUCCUAGGCCACCAAUACGUUAGCAUACAUAAAUUGUAGCUUUCUUGCAUCC